AGGCGAGACAGCCAACCGAGGCGCGGGAACGGCCGCGGCGCUCUGUCGGCCCAAUGAGCGCCGCCGAGGGCGGGACCGGGCCGAGGCGAGCCGAGGCGAGCCGAGCCGUGCUGAGCCGUGCUGAGCCGUGCUGGGGAGGUUUGGGGCUGAGGGAGUGUUGUAGCGAGCGGGCGCCGUCAUGGCCGGCGGGAUCGUUAGGUCGCCGGCCGCCUGGCGCGGUGGCGCCGCUCUCUUGGGAAAAGUCGCCCGCCAGGAGUUCUCCGCCAACGUUAUCCGCGAGGAGGAGCCGUUGUGGACGAGGAGUGCCUUGCGUUCCAUGAUAUUUCACCGCAAGCUCCUACGCUUUUUCCUAGCCGCUCCCCAGAAGGCCGUUGUCGGGUUAUCCGGAGCAGAAGAUUGUGGCGCACCUCUUCUUGGGCGUUUGAUGAUUGUUGGCGAGAAGUGUGCUGCUAGCCUGGGCUUGACCGAUGGAUUCCGGAUGGCUGUGAGAUACCCACCCUCAGUCCCUUCAGACUACCGCGCGCGGCUCUGUAUUCUGGGUGGCCGUCAGUUGGGCCAGCCUCCUGGCUAAGAUGUUUGCACCGCCGGUGUUGCUGCACGCGUACGGAUCGCCACCGAAUGGGUUUCACGUGUUGCCCGUCAGCCUAGCCACCGGUGACAUGUAAUUGUUUUUGGUGGGUGCCUAUGGAGGGUAAUGAAAAGCUUUGAGCAGCAUUUGCAGAAUAAAGAUGGAGCAUGGGGAUAUCAUCUCUGUCUCGCGUGUCUUACUGAUGGGAAUGGUUCUGCAAGUUAAAACGGUGGGUCUCCGUCUCCCAAAGAUAAUAUAGGAUGUGCUGUGUGUUUGAGGCCUUGCUGUCUUCCCCCAGCUUCCAAAUAAAAGGGCGUGGGUUUUAUCGCGUACUAGCAGCAUCGACAAGCAGCAGGCGUAGAAUUAGCGAAGAAUAAGGUAGGAAGAAAGCUUCCAGCUGUCGUCUGUUGUAUGGCCCCGUCGCGAGGCCAAAUAAACUCUACCUGCAUGAUUUCUGACCGGUGCGCGUCAGCCUGUUCUUAACCAAACUCGGAGUUUUGCCACUGCUUUCUUUUCAGUCGCGGAUUUUGCGACGUAGAGAAUUAAUUUCUCCCGCGGAAACUUUCCCAAAUGGAAAAGACUUUGUGAUACUUGAGUCGGCGAUUGUUGCGCUUCUGCUGUCUUUGAGACUCGGCUGCCCUUGUCCAUUUCUCUUUUUUUUACAUAUGAACAAAACAUAAAAAAACAAUCAAUCAAACAAACAAACAAACAAUAAAGCAAAAAAAAACCAAAAAAACAAAAGCCGUAGUAUUGUUCCAUAACCAGUAGGAGGGGUAGCUACAGGCACCGUAAGGCUUUUGCAUGUAAUCACCUCUCGUGCUUUGUUAGGCCUCUGGCUUUACUUGAGUCUUUGUUGAAUUGCGAUUGCAUUCAAGGCUUACUGGAGUGGGGGAGUUUCAAAAUGCUAAUAAAUAUUUGCAUUAAAAUCUAAAUAGUUGAAACUUGCUAAAUGAAAUUACUGUGUGGCCGUUCCUCAAGGAAUCUCGAUUUGUCAGCAGUAGAUCCGCUUGCGUGAGUGACGAUCGCAGCUGUGAAUGACUCUGAAUUAAACCGUUUGAAGAAGCGGAAUAAGACAACUUGUUACGUUUUUCCUCAUAUCCAACCUGAAGCUCCCCCCGGCGCAACUUAAGGCCGUUACCUCUUGUCCCGUUGCUAGUUACCUGGGAGAAGCGGCCAACCCUCACCUCGCUACAACCACCUUUCGGGUAGUUGUAAAGAGGCGAUAAGGUCUCUCUCCCCUGAGCCUCCCCUCCUCCAGACGAAACAAUCCCAGUUCCCUCAACUGCUACCCAUAGGUCUUGUGCUCCAGUCCCUUCACCGGCUUCGUUGCCCUC